AUGGCGGACGAAGUUUAUGACGGUGCCAUUGGCAUUGAUUUGGGCACCACCUACUCUUGCGUUGCCACCUACGAGGGUAACAAUGUCGAGAUCAUUGCCAACGAGCAGGGUAACUUCACCACCCCCUCUUUCGUCUCUUUCAACGAGAAGGAGCGAUUGAUCGGUGAGGCCGCCAAGAACCAGGCUGCGAUGAACCCUCGCAACACUGUCUUCGAUGUCAAGCGUCUUAUCGGUCGCCGCUUCGAUGACCCCACCGUCAAGAAGGACAUGGAGAGCUGGCCUUUCAAGGUCAUUGACGAUGGCGGUAACCCCAAGGUUGAGGUCGAGUACCUCGGUGAGACCAAGUCUUUCUCCGCCCAGGAGAUCUCCGCUAUGGUCCUCGUCAAGAUGAAGGAGAUUGCCGAGGCCAAGCUUGGCAAGAAGGUUGAGAAGGCUGUCAUUACCGUCCCUGCCUACUUCAAUGACAACCAGCGUCAGUCUACCAAGGACGCCGGUGCCAUUUCCGGACUCAACGUCCUCCGUAUCAUCAACGAGCCUACCGCCGCCGCCAUUGCCUACGGUCUCGGCUCUGGUAAGACCGCCAAGGAGCGAAAUGUUCUCAUCUACGAUCUUGGUGGUGGUACUUUCGAUGUCUCUCUCCUGAACAUCCAGGGCGGUGUCUUCACCGUCAAGGCUACCUCUGGUGACACCCAUCUUGGUGGUCAGGAUUUCGAUACCAACCUCCUCGAGCACUGCAAGAAGGAGUUCUCCCGCAAGACCAAGAAGGAUCUCAGCAGCGAUCCCCGUGCCCUCCGUCGUCUGAGGACGGCUUGCGAGCGUGCCAAGAGGACCCUGUCCAGCGGUGCCCAGGCCACCAUUGAGAUUGACUCUCUCUUCGACGGCGAGGACUUCGCCAUGCAGAUCACCCGUGCCCGUUUCGAGGACCUUAACGCCAAGGCCUUCAACGGCACCCUUGAGCCCGUUGCCACCGUCCUCAAGGACGCCGCCAUCGAGAAGGGCGAGGUUGACGAGAUCGUCCUCGUUGGUGGUUCCACCCGUAUCCCCCGUAUCCAGAAGCUCCUUUCCGACUUCUUCGGUGGCAAGAAGCUCGAGAAGAGCAUCAACCCCGAUGAGGCCGUUGCCUACGGUGCCGCCGUCCAGGCCGGUAUCCUUUCCGGCAAGGCCACCUCGGCCGAGACCGCCGACCUCCUCCUCCUCGAUGUCGUUCCCCUCUCUCUCGGUGUUGCCAUGGAGGGCAACAUCUUCGCCCCCGUCGUCCCCACUGUCCAGUUCCCCGUCUUCCAGGGUGAGCGUGUCAACUGCGAUGACAACACUUCUCUCGGCGAGUUCACUCUUGCUCCCAUUCCUCCCAUGAAGGCCGGUGAGCCCGUCCUCGAGGUUGUCUUCGAGGUCGAUGUCAACGGUAUCCUCAAGGUCACCGCUACCGAGAAGACCUCUGGCCGCAGCGCCAACAUCACCAUCAGCAACUCUGUUGGCAAGCUCUCUUCCACUGAGAUUGAGUCCAUGAUCAACGAUGCCGAGAAGUUCAAGACCAACGAUGAGGCCUUUAGCAAGAGGUUCGAGGCCAAGCAGCACCUCGAGAACUACAUCAACCACGUUGAGGAGCUUGUCUCCGACCCCUCUCUGUCCCUCAAGCUCAAGCGUGGCCAGAAGGACAAGAUCGAGGCCUCCAUCAGCGAUGCUAUGGCCGCCCUCGAGCUCAAGGAGACCUCUUCCGAGGACCUCAGGAAGCAGGAGCUUGCCCUCAAGCGCCUUGUGACCAAGGCUAUGUCCAGCCGAUAA